AUGUGUGAAAUUCCAAAAUUAUUUCAAUCCAAUUAUUUAUUAUUUACAUCUCAUGAUUCUCAACAAGAAAUCAAAGAUUCUUUGGAAUUAUUAUCUCAAUAUACGCAAUCUUUAUUAAAUAAAAAUGCUGAUUCACAAGAUUCUCUUGCACAGUUCAUGCAACAAGAUUUGCCUAUGCUUAAUGUGUUAGCUGUAGAUUCUACAGAAAAUAAUGAUAAUAUAACCGAAAUAGAUCAACAACAAAAUAGAAAUUUUGAAAAUGAAGAAAAAUAUGAAAUCGUUUCUGAUUUGGAACUUCAUAGUUGGAAACAGCUUGAUCAUUAUAUCAGUGUGCAUGCAAAACAAAAUGGCUUUGUAGCUAUAAUUACUGAAUUAAAGUUUGAUGCUAUUACUCGUAGAAGGUGUCGAUACACAUGUGAACAUCAGGGCAAAAGCAAUUCAAAAAAGACAGCUAUUUUAGAGCAGCAAAAGCAAUCACAUACAAAAUGUUUAGGAUGCAAAUGGAUCGUUAAUAUCACCUGUCCAAAAACUACUGGAAAAAUCAAAAUUAACUCUUGUCAUCUUGAACAUAAUUAUGAGAUUCAUCUUGAUACUAUUAUUUUUGCUCCUCAUUAUCGACAAUUUUCUAAAGAAGUAAACCAGGAUAUUGAAUACUAUACUUCUAAGGGCUUAAAUAUGAGAAUGCAACAUUCUCUUCUUGAAGAUAAAUAUCUUGAUACUCUUUUUUUACUACAAGCUUUGUCUCUUACGAUUCAAUCAUUCAAGCAACAUAGUAAAGUUGUUAAUGAGGCUUCUACUCUUCUAGAAAUGCUUUUAAAUAAGAAAGCACAGGAUCAAAAUUGG